ACCUGUCACCUUGAUUGUGUUUGCGAAAUGUCAAAACUUAUGUUUUCGAUUUGUGGAUCAAUCGACAAAAUGGAAAUUAAUUGAUAAAAAUUAGAUUCCCUACUAUAAAAAAUGGGUAACGCUGACACAAAAUUGAAUUUCAGAAAGGCUGUGGUCCAACUAACUUCUAAAACACAGCCCAUAGACGCGGCCGACGAUAGUUUCUGGGACCAGUUCUGGUCGGAGAGCGUGACGAGCGUGCAGGAUGUGUUCGCGCUGGUGCCGGGCGCCGAGAUCCGCGCGCUCAGAGAGGAGUCUCCGAACAACCUCGCUACACUCGUAUACAAGGCGGUGGAGAAGCUUGUGAAGACUGUGGAUAGCAGUUGCCGCACGCACCAUGAGCAGCAGACCGCCCUGAACUGCUGCCGGCUGCUGACCCGCGUGCUGCCCUACAUGCUGGAGACGGCGGAGUGGCGCGCGUUCUUCUGGUCCUCGCUGCCGGCCCCGGGGGGCGCCGUGCCGCUCGCGCACUCGCUCCUCAACGCCAUCUGUGAUCUCCUGUUCUGUCCAGACUUCACAGUGUCGAGCACUAAGAGAUCCGGCCCAGAGCGCGCCGAAGAGCUGUCCUCCAUAGACAGCUGCGAGUACAUCUGGGCGGCCGGCGUGGGGUUCGCGCGCACCCCGCCCCGCAACCCGACACAUGAGGCUAACAGGACCGAGCUGCUGAGGCUGUUGCUGACGUGCUUCAGCGAGACGAUAUAUAUGCCGCCGUCGGAGGCUGCUAGUUAUCAUAAUAAGUGGAUUGCUUAUGUAACCAGCCUGGACAACCGGCACGCGCUGCCGCUGUUCACGUCUCUGCUGAACACGGUGGCGGGCUACUGGCCGCUGGGGCUGGGGCUGCCGUACAACCACCUGCUGUUCGCCGACAGCCAGGAGCCGCUGGUGGAGGCCGCGCUCAUGGCGCUCGGCGCCUGUCUGGACCAGGCGUCCGACCAGCAGAAUGCCCCAGACAACCUCUUCAUCAACUACCUAUCCCGCAUCCACCGCGACGAAGACCUGCAACUGAUCCUGCGCGGGGUGACGAGGCUGUUGAACAACCCGCUGCAGCAGACCUACCUGCCCAACUCCGCCAAGAAGCUGCAGUUGCAUCAGGAGCUGCUGGUGUUGUUUUGGAAGAUGUGCGAUUAUAAUAAGAAAUUCAUGUACUACGUAUUGAAAAGCAGUGAUGUUCUGGAAGUGUUGGUCCCGAUCUUGUAUCACCUCAACGACUCGCGCGCAGAUCAAUCCCGGGUCGGCCUCAUGCACAUCGGAGUCUUCAUCCUUCUCCUGCUCUCCGGUGAGAGGAACUUCGGCGUGCGUCUGAACAAGCCGUACAGCGCGGCCGUGCCCAUGGACAUCCCCGUGUUCACCGGCACGCACGCCGACCUACUCGUCAUCGUGUUCCACAAGGUGAUCACGACAGGACAUCAGAGACUUCAACCACUUUUCGACUGCCUGCUGACUAUCCUUGUAAAUGUAUCCCCGUACCUGAAAACCCUCUCCAUGGUGGCAUCAACUAAACUCCUGCACCUGCUGGAGGCGUUCAGCACGCCGUGGUUCCUGUUCUCGCGCCCGCACCACCACCACCUCGUGUUCUUCCUGCUCGAGUGCUUCAAUAACAUCAUACAGUACCAGUUUGAUGGCAACAGCAACCUGGUGUACACGAUAAUCCGCAAGCGCAGCGUGUUCCACGCGCUGGCCAACCUGCCGCUCGACAACCCGCGCCGCGCCGCGCCCGCCGCGCCGCCCGCUUUGCCAAGAUCCACGAGUUCAGAGUCGGUGGCGGAGACGCCGAUGGAGGGGUCCCGGCCGGCGCAGCCCGCGGAACCCGGGACUCUUAACGCCACUCUACCCGAGACGCCAGCUAUUGCCGCGAUGACAGAGCGCGAGUCGGCGCACCCCGCGCCCGCCGCGGAGACGGCCACGGAGCAGCUGCUGGCGGGGGAGGCGGGGGAGGGGGCGGCGCGCGCGGGGGGGGACGGACAGGACGAGGGGGAGGACGAGGGGCCGGGCAGGCGGAGCGUGCAGCAUCGCGACAGCAUCCAGCUCUCCCCCCCCUCCACCACGAGCCCCGAGGACGCGCGCCGCGCCGCCUCGUGGCGCGCCAAGCUGCCGCUGCAGACCAUCAUGAGGCUGCUGCAGGUGUUGGUGCCACAAGUCGAGAAGAUAUGCAUUGAUAAGGGCCUAACCGACGAGUCGGAGAUCCUGCGUUUCCUGCAGCACGGCACUCUCGUGGGGCUGCUGCCGGUGCCGCACCCCAUCCUCAUCCGCAAGUACCAGGCCAACGCCGGCACCGCGCACUGGUUCCGCACCUACAUGUGGGGCGUCAUCUACAUACGAAAUGUGGACCCCCCGAUAUGGUACGAUACAGACGUGAAACUGUUCGAGAUCCAAAGAGUCUAGCGACGCCAUGACCAAACAUAGCAUUACAGGCCACCGAGCGAGCCCAACGACAUAAGCAACCUUUGCAGUAAUCACAGGAUUCGAUACUAUUUUCGAAACUACACAAAACUGGAAAAAUAACAGUAUCGUCAACUGUCACUGUCAAAAUGUACGGAUAAUUUGUCAGUUCCAACAGUGACACUUGUUUUUUCCAUAUGUUUGUGUAGAUUCGAAAAUAGUAUCGAAUCCUGUGAUCGCUGCACUUAUCACUAACCGAAUAACGUUUGAAAUCGAAUGAGGAUUUAGGACUGAGGCUUUCUGUAUGUGUGGAUAGUUAAGUUGUAUGUUACCUGACCCGAAUGUCUGGGUCUCGUGGAGUAGAGUAUUAUUUAAACCCUUAAUAUGGCAUAUCUGCUAAACAAAAACAUUAGUUUACACCCUAAUCAAUGGGUUAUAGUUAAAAUAAAUGUGACAUCAUAUUUCUAUGGCCCUAUUAAGGGUUUUACAAAAAGUUAAGUUCAUUAUGAUUAAGGUUUAAAUUUCUUUACACUGUUGUAGUGAUUUUGUUUUGUUUGUAUGCACUUUAGCAACCUGCCACUUGAUUUACACUUGCCUUGUUGACUGUACCUAAUAAUAUUUAUAAACGCUAACACAUACUCACAACUUCACUCCCUUAUUGGGUAGGCAGAGCUAUCUUAAGCCCACUUUUCACCGAUGACAUGUCCGUUGUCCGUCCCAAUGUAUUACGUAGUUUUCCAAUAUUUGAACACUUCAACCAGAUCUGCCCAAUUAUGGUAUAGAACCCGCAAGCAAGAUAUAUUUUUUAAUCUUUCUCUGAUGCACUAAUUUCAAGUGUUUUGUCCGUAAAGUUUAUUUUUAAGGUAGCUCUAUUGUAGGAGGUACUAAACUGUGUUUAUGCGGCCGCUAUACGGGUUCGUUAUCGACGCCGAUAAACUCGUUUAAUGCACGUUCCAUCAAUCACGUCGCCGUAUUUGUGGCGAAUCGCGAUAUUGUGACGUUUAUAUAAGUCGAUAUCGAACUCUUGUAGCGGCAGAUGGUGGCUCUUUUUACCUUUAUUAGUCUAGGACUAUGGUUUAUACGUAAUUGAGAAUACUUGACUGCUAGUCAUUGGAAUAUUUCAGUAUGUGAUGUUCUUGCAUUUUAUAAUUUUAAUGUGUUGUUUUCACUUUACAUUCCUGUAACAGAUUUUAUUAACGCUACGACCAAUAAUAAAUGUAUGAUUACCGUUAUAACUGAAAUAUAUCUAUGGGAUAUAAGUGAUUAAUGGCCUGUUUCACAAAGCCUGAGUGUCAGGUAAUCUACCUAUCAGAUAAGUUUGUCAAGCACUGAAUAGCUGAAUGUAUUAGUCAAAAUUGCAUUUUUCCGUUAUGUGUCUGAUGCUGAUUACCCAAACUAAAGCAAGAAGAUUUGGCAGAAGUUUAAAGACGCUUUAUCUGACGCGUAGGCCACUUCAUACAAACAUUGUGAAACAGACAUUAAUAUUAUGUUUUUAAAUAAUUAAAAAAAUGCAAAUCACCUUUCUCAUUAAAUACAAUCACAUAUCCCGUUGUUAACCUAAUUGUUUUAGCAAAACCAAUGGCAACCAAAACAUUUUUUUUUUACACUUGUGCUCGUUUUUAAAAUUUAAGGUGAAGAUCUUUUUCUAUAAUCUACCAGUGCGGUUUUAUUUGCAAUUAGGUAGAUUAUUAAUCUAUGUCAGACUUGGAUAAGCUCACUUUUUCAUGGCCUAUGAAUUUUAUUGUUUUCAACAUACAUUCUAUGUAUUUGGGUAUAUUUCAUGGUUGUAAAAAACCCUCACUGGUACAUAAUAAAAUAAGUUAUUUGCAUAGUUUAAUUUAGAUUAAACGAAAAUAUUAUUUAUUGUUUUACACCUACCAUUAUUGUACUUAAUGUUAUCAAGUGAUAAAUGUAUAUUUAAAUAAUAUAAUUAUACUGAGC